GUUUUAUUUAUACAGAUUUGUUGGUAAAUUUAAAGUAAAAUGUUUGUAAUCAUUUAAUGUUAGUAUAGAAGAAAAUGUAACACACACCUAAGUAAUCAAGAGUAUAAUAACUGAGAUUCUAUAAGAAUGGAUAAUAAUCGAGAUUCCGAUGAAUCUUCUGCAGAUGAUGGAGAACUUAUAGUAGAUGCAGAGGAAGGAUUCUUUGACUUAUUCUCAGAAUAUCAUGAAAAAAAUGUUAAUAAAGAGUCAAAUUCGGUAGAUAAACCAAAUGAAGAUUCGAACGUUACUAAUCAUCAAAUUAAACCCCUAAAUACUGACAAUAAACCAAAAAAUAACCUUUUAUCUAACUUAAAUUGGUCUGAUUUUGGACUGUGUAGAUCAAUAUUGAGGGCAAUAUCGGAGAUGGGAUACCAAAAUCCAACAAUAAUCCAAUCAAAAGUCAUACCUCUGGCUCUGGAAGGAAAGGAUUUGUUAGUUACAGCUGAAACAGGUUCUGGGAAAACAGCGUCAUUUUUAAUUCCUACACUGCAGAGAUUAGUAGUUUCAGGAGUUUUAAAGCAACUUACGAAUGAAAAGCAAGUCCAAAACUCUAGGUUUGGUACUAAAGCACUGGUAAUACUGCCUACAAGGGAACUUGCAGCACAGUGUUUUAACGUUUUCAAAUUAUUAUCCAAGUAUCUAAGCUCAAAAUCAAUUUUGUUGACUGGAGGAAUUCCAAUAAAGGAACAAGAGAGCAGACUAAGACAAUUCCCAGAAAGUAUAAUUUGUACGCCUGGAAGGGCUCUGGACAUGUUAAUGAAUUCCAGUUCAAUAAAUGUGGAAAAUAUUGAGGUGGUUAUAAUGGACGAAGCAGAUAAGCUUCUUGAAUUGGGAUUUAGAGAUGAAUGCCUUCAAGUUUUAAAGUACUGUAACAGGAAUCGCCAGACUAUGCUGUUUAGUGCUACAUUGACUGAAGAAACUAAGGAGUUAGUGAGCCUCUCACUGGUAAACCCAGUAUACGUGAAGGUGGACGACCCGACAAAGGUCUCUAAAACACUCGAGUUCGAGAUGUUAAUGAUCCCAAAAGAGGAGUACAGGGAAGCUUGUGCACUUUACUUAUGUACAAAGUAUUCCAAGGAGAAAACAAUACUAUUUUUCCAGACUAAAAGGUCAGCCCAUCGCAUGUUUCUCAUUUUCAAUCUCCUCAAUAUGAAAUGUGGAGAACUACAUGGGAAUCUAUCACAGUCAAAGAGAUUUGAAUCAGUUGAAAGAUUUAAAAAUGGUGAAAUUGACUACUUACUGGCAAGUGAACUGGCUGCUAGAGGCUUGGAUAUACCGGGCAUUAAAACAGUAAUCAAUGUAGAUUUACCAACUGAUAUUACAAGGUACAUACACAGAGUUGGUCGUACUGCUAGAAUGGGAUCCCAUGGGAAGGCAAUUACUCUUUAUGUAGACGAUCAGAGGUCACAAGUUAAACUCUUCCUUAAAAAAACAUCCGACAUCGGUGCCCCUUUAUCAAAAAACAAGAAAAAAGUCACAUCUGCAACACUAAAUAAGUAUAAAACUAAAAUAGGUGAGCUAGAAGAGAAGAUUAAGGAACUUCUACUGGAAGAGAGCAUAGAAAAGGAUAUUAGAAUGUGUGACGCAACAAUCAAAACUCAUUCUGAAAGGGAUCCAGAGAAAAUACUAGAGAAAAGAAAGUGGUUUAGAUCGAAAAAGGACAAGAAGAUGGCAUCUAAGGAGGAGUUUGAGGAGGCGAAUCGUAAAACACAAAGAAUGGUUGAUAAGGAAAAGAAGAAUGAGAUCAACAAAAACAAGUUUAAAAAAAUUAAAAGAAUAUCUAAAAAGAAGAAAAGAAACUAGACGGAUGAUGUAAAUUACUGAUGAAAAAUGGGAGAAUCGGAAGUUUCAAGAUCAGGAGGGCAUAAAUUUAAUCAGAAAUAAGAAUUUGUAAAUUUUUUUCAUGUUUAAAAU